AUGGCCCCGACGCUUGAGCGAAUCGGUUCCCUCCUUGCACCCGACCCGGAGCGGAAGCUCGCCAUUGAGGCCCUGCAGGUCGCAGCCCGCGACUACAAGGCGGGCGUCGACGGCGCGCUGGCAAAGGUCGUCGAGCUCAGUGAUGACCCAGAUCGGGCCGUGCGACACGCUGCCCUCACAUUGAUGAGCCAGAUUGCCCCCAAGGGGGAUGCAUUCUGCGUGCAGGCGUCUCUGGCUCGCGUCCGGGACCGGGAUUCGCGUGUGCGGACUAUGGCUCUGACAGUGCUUGGGCAGGUGGCUCUCCAUGGGGACCCUGCUGUCAUCACCGCUACGUCGGUUGCGCUCCAGGAUUGGAACCGGCCAGCCCGCAGCGCGGCGUUGAAGGCGCUCCGCUGCGUGGCCAAAGGGGGCAGCGCAGAAGCAACGGCAGUCUGA